UGGUUUAACAUGUCCAUUCCGUGGAAAACUCUUAACAACUUGGGAAUGUGCUUACGAAAUCUACUAAGUGGCAAAUCUUGGUUGGCCGACACCCAAUCAUAGGAGAAUGCUAAAACUCACAUAUUAGCAUUUCUUUUGUUUUUCCUUUUUAAUUCACCCAAAAACCUUACUUAAUCAUUGUCUUCUUCCCUGCACUCUGUAAUUUUUUGCAAGAUCUGAGUUCCACGACCUAAUUUCUUAGCACUGCCCUUUUCUUCUUCGAUUACUUUUCCCCAAUUUCCUAAGAUUUAGGGUUUUUGCCGCUGUUUUUGUUUGAAUUUUAGUGUUUGAUCGCCUUGAGUUUGAGUACUAGAUCGCCGAUUCAAGCGAUUUGGUACUCCAACAAACGAAAAACGGAGAAAUUUUGGUUGAAUGUGCUCAAUAAUUAGUUCUAGCAUUCGGUGAAGAUUAAUGCAUAAUAAGAUGGUGUCGCCACAUCGCAGUGUGGUUUCGAAACGAUCGAAUGAUAGUGCAAGGCUUGUAAUGACUACUAUUUUAGGGAUUGUAUUUGGGUUUUUCAUCGGAGUUUCAUUUCCUUCUAUGUCUGAUAAGAUUAAAUUAUCUUCAAGACUUAUUUCCUCUUUUGAUGGAAUCUCCAAAAGUUCUGCGAAGUCUCUUGAAGAUCUUGGAUCAGUAACAGUACCUAAGAUAUACGUGCCGACCAAUCCUCGUGGUGCUGAGAUGUUACCUCCAGGAAUUGUAGUGGGAGAAAGUGAUUUUUUUCUUCGAAGAUUGUGGGGUGAACCGAGUGAGGAUUUGAAAAAGAAGCCAAAGUACUUGGUAACUUUCACUGUUGGACUUGCUCAGAGGGACAACAUCAAUGCAGCUGUGAAGAAGUUCUCUGACGAUUUCCAAAUUUUGCUUUUCCAUUAUGAUGGCCGGGUUACUGAAUGGGAUCAGUUUGAAUGGUCCAAACGAGCUAUCCAUGUCAGUGCUCCGAAGCAAACAAAAUGGUGGUAUGCGAAAAGAUUUCUCCACCCUGAUGUCGUUGCUGCUUAUGACUAUAUCUUUAUCUGGGAUGAAGAUCUUGGUGUCGAACAUUUCAAUGCAGAGAAGUAUAUUCAACUGGUGAAGAAGUAUGGCCUGGAGAUUUCUCAACCUGGUCUUGAGCCUAAUAAUGGUUUGACAUGGGAGAUGACUAAGAGGAGAGGGGAUAGAGAAGUACACAAGGAUACAGAGGAGAAACCAGGCUGGUGCUCCAACCCACACUUACCUCCUUGUGCUGCGUUUGUUGAAAUUAUGGCCCCUGUUUUUUCUCGGGAUGCUUGGCGCUGUGUGUGGCAUAUGAUUCAGAAUGAUUUGGUUCAUGGGUGGGGACUGGAUUUUGCCCUGAGAAGAUGUGUUGAACCUGCACAUGAGAAAAUUGGUGUUGUAGAUCAGCAAUGGAUAGUUCAUCAAGUAAUUCCUUCUCUUGGGAAUCAGGGUCAGUCUGAGAAUGGCAAGGCUCCAUGGCAAGGGGUCCGUGAGAGAUGCAAGAAAGAGUGGUCUCAGUUCCAGAAUCGACUUGCAAAUGCUGACAAGGAAUACCUUGCACAACUCGGGAAGGGCUAAUGAGUAUUUUAUCUGUGGCUGCAUGAUAAUGCAUGCUCUGGAUUACUCGAUCCUUGUUUACUUGCAUCGUGUUGGUGUGGUAAUGGGUAAUUCCUUUGGGCUCUUAAGAUAUAGGGAAGAAAUAACUACACAUUGUGCAUAGAAUAUUACAUUAAUGCUAGGUAACCUGUGUAGUUUGUUAUCCUUCCCUAUAUCUUGUUUCCGAUAUUUGGUGUUAUAUUGGGAUUACCCGAGUAAAUUAUAUUCAGUGUUGCAGAUACGCCUAGAUUUUAGAAGUGAUCCUUGUAUUAAACUAAACUGUUGUACAAAUUUUGAACAACUGAGGCAAACAGAUAGAUGAGACUUAGCCCUAUUCCUUCGUUUUUGUUGAGGGGAGGGGGAGUGGUUGUUCUUCCUCAUUGGAUUACUUUUGUGUUCGAAAUAUGGUCCUAAAUUUAACUUCUACUAUC